GUUACGGGGUGGUAUUGAUCUAUGUAUUAAAACAGGUGGUCUGCUACUCUUACCGAGCCUUGAGACGACAAGCACAUAACAUCAAGGAGAUCGUUCCACUAGAUAGCCCUUCUCCGAUCCACAAGUCGCAGGACGACAAGAGUUGUUCUUCAUCGCCGGUUCUCGAUUCGCAAGACACUCUCCAAUCUACCCAUAUCUGCUUUUCAUCUCAGAACCCGGCAGGAAAAUAACCGGAAAGUCCCAUCUUUUGCAACAUGUCAGGCAACAUGGAAAAGCCCGUCUGUGGUAGUGGUAGCUCCGUUGGAGAAUACGAUGUUGGAUUACAUACAGCUGGUCUUUUUCUGGUAUUAGCCGCCUCGGCUUUCGGAGCUGGUUUCCCGGUAGCGGCUAAGAAAAUCAAGUGGCUCAAAGUGCCCACGAAGGUAUUUUUCGCCUGUAAACAUUUCGGUACUGGAGUACUCAUAGCAACGGCAUUUGUCCAUCUUCUUCCUACGGCAUGGCUCAGCCUAUCCAAUCCAUGCCUCCCGGAUUUUUUCGUUGUCCAAUAUCCGCCCUUGCCUGGAAUUAUCAUGAUGGCAUCGCUGUUCAGCUUGUUUGUUAUCGAGAUGUGGAUGAACAACAAGAUGGGCGGCCAUUCCCAUGGUGGGGCCAGAGGCUUUGAAGAGACCCAUGAUCAUGCUAGUACUGCUAGUAUCACUGACCCAUCUCCCUUACCGUCAAGGCCGACUCGAUCCUCCACCCUGAGCAGUUUCGAAGUAGAUGUUUCCAGUCCCGUGAAGGAAGGGGAACUAGCGAGUGAAUCUAAAGAAGAGAUUGUGGUAAGAGAAACGCAGGUACAGGAUGUUGAAAGCCAGGUGGAUCCUCUGGUUUACAGGAGGAUGAACAUGAACAUCACAUUGCUUGAGGGAGGAAUCUUGUUCCACUCGGUCUUCGUGGGAAUUACUGUCUCUAUUACGAUUGAUGGCUUCGUGGUGCUACUCAUUGCCAUUAUAUUCCACCAAGUGUUCGAAGGCCUCGGACUAGGCUCACGAAUCGCAGCUGUGCCAUACCCCAAAGGAAGCAUCCGACCAUGGCUUUUAGUAUUCGCAUUUGGCACCACAGCACCAAUCGGCCAAGCCAUUGGUUUGGCUACGCGCGGCGCCUACGACCCCAACAGCGCUUUUGGGCUCAUCAUCGUUGGCAUCUUUAAUGCAAUCUCAUCCGGUUUAUUGAUCUACGCUGCCCUGGUGGAUCUACUUGCCGAGGAUUUCCUAUCUGAAGAAUCCAACCACACCCUGACAACGAAAGAGAAGAAAAUCGCUUUCAUGUGGGUGAUAUUUGGCGCCAUCGGCAUGUCCAUUAUUGGCGCUUUCGCUUAGAUGCUAUAUCAAGAUAUAUAUCGAAGUUUUGAAGCAGGACGCUGGUGGGUAACGGCCUCCAAGUACAUAACAUGAGUUUGCUAUUUAUCAAACUAUUAUCGAGGGCUAUCACGAAGACAACGCAUGACGAUAAAGAUCAACAAAAGUAAUGCUACCUAGUCUUGGGGGUGUAAGAUAGAUUCUUAGACCUAGCUACAACAAGAUGGGUGGCUGCUGCAUACUCGGAGUUAUUGGUUGGGUUUAGACACUCGGAUACUACAAAACAGUCAUUAC